AUGGCAGCAACUAGCGUGGCCCAAAUAGCAACGCAAAAGUCCGGGCCUGGAAUGCUCGAUGCCCUUGACGCGGUGGAAACACACGCCCCCGUUCGCAAGAGGAAAGCCUCCAAUCCGCCGUCGAAUAAGACGGGUGCGGCCCGCCAAAAGAUCACCCGGGCCUGCGACUCGUGCAAAGUCAAAAAGACUCGUUGCACUGGCACCUUGCCCUGCACCAGAUGCACGCGGCUCUCACUUUCGUGCAGAUACAACGCCGCCUACUCGAGAGGCCUUCCUCCCGUUCCGCGGCCUGCAACUCUAUCGCCGGAUCACCCUGUCAGGCGUCAUGUCCCUGAAGUAGAAACCGCUCGUCUGUCAAGCGACUCGCUUCCGCGAGACAUUUUGGGACACGCGACGGCUGGCGACACCGUCAGCAGCCAACCUGUACUCCCCGGUCAACGCCACCCAGUGUCGGUGCACAACUCUCCAGAGCCCGGGUCGACAGACUUUGAUGGCAAUUACUUAGGGCCGGCGUCCGGCGUGUCGUUCAUCAACCGUGUCUGGAGUCGCCUGCAUCAGGACGAAACUCAGAUCCCGAAUGAGCUGGAAAAUGAGUCUUCGAAGAACACCGCGGUGUUCAUGUUUGGCGACAAGCCCUACUCCCAACAUCAGGAUGUGGACUUUACCUUGCCUCCUUUUGAGCAGGCGAUGGAACUGAUUGCAAUUUAUUUUGACUUCUCCAUGGUGACCUACCGUUUCUUGCAUCGGGGAAGCGUCGAAAAUUGGGUUAAGCAGAUAUAUGAGAACCAGGUUUCGAUAAGCAAUCUUCCAGUUGGCAAUAUGAUGGCAAGGACAGCUAUAGUCCUCAUGAUCUUUGCUGUGAGUACAGUGCAUAAUGCACCUGGGAGCCAAGGGGAUGGGCAGAAUACAAGUGAAUGCUGGUUUGCUGCUUCAAAGUACAUAUCUUCUCUAGAGUCCGGUGCGCCUCGUCUAGAGACCAUACAAGCGAGGCUAAUACAAUGCCUUUACCUGCUUUCAUCAUCCCGAGCUAAUGAGUGCUGGUAUUCAUUCGGGACGGCCUUACAGGUUGUCACAGCCCUCGGCCUACAUCGAAAGUGUCCCGUAAGGCCUUCCAAGAAGGGAUGUUCCUACUUGGAAUUGGAACUGCGAAAACGCAUAUUCUGGAGUGUCUAUGUCCUCGACAAAUAUCUCAGCAUAAUGUUUGGUCGACCUCGACUACUCCAUGAUGAAGACAUCGAUCAGGAGCUUCCUGAUGAGAUGAAUGAUGAAGAUCUACUUGAGGAAGAUCCAUCUCAACGCACAGGUUCUACGGAUAGUAUGAUGAUCGCAUCUGUUCUCCAUUACCGACUGGGCCGCAUUCUAGGAGAAAUCUCUCGACAGCUCUAUAGCAUCAACCCUCUCUCGCGUGACUCACCACUGGAAACAGCUGUCCGUCUCACCUCUGAAUUAGAAAAGUGGAAAGAAAGUGUGCCACCUCUUUUCAACAGCGUCCGGCCCUCCAGCCUGAUCCCGCCCCUAUGCCGUCAGAGCCAAGUCCUCCAAUUGGCCUAUUCCCACGCAAUGAUUCACGUCACCCGCUCAUUCCUCCUCGAUGACUUCACCGAUCUCAGCCGUCGACCACGAGACCCGCAUCCGCUCGUCAGCGCCCACGUCCACAAGUGCAUCGAGGCUGCAGAACACGUCAUGACCCUCGUCGACGGUUUGGCGCAACAAACUCUCUUCAUCCAGUCAUUCUGGUUCACUCAUUAUGUAUGCUUCUGCGCCAUUUUGGUGGUGUAUAUUCAUAUCAUCCAGCAGCAUCGCCAAUCUCUAGCCCCGAGCCCUUCGGCCGGAAGCCCCGCGGAUGUUGAUAAAUUGCAAUCGCUAUUUCUGCUCGCGGAAACAUGCCAACAGCAUCUUGCGGAGGCUACGAGAAAGAAUUGCCCGAGUCGGCGGUAUAGCAUUAUCCUUGAGGAGCUUCGGCGGGAAGUUCACAGGCAACUUGGCUCGAACGAUCAGUCGAGCCAACGAAGGAAUAUUCUGAGACACCGGAAGCAAUCGCCGAGACAGGAUGUAGUUUCUCCCGUUGGAGCGGACCGAGAUUUCUCGUUCAGUGCGCCGGACCUGAACUUCGCGCGCUUAUCUGGGAUGUUGCAGACUCCCGAACUGGGUGCCUCCGUUGAGGAUAUCGGGCUUCUUGACAACCUGGGAGGCUCAAUUUGGUGGGCUCAGCUUGAUUCAUGGGCCCUGUCGAGCUUCCCUAAUGAUCCAACUACAUUCAACUUUUAG